AUGGAUCUUGUUCUAUUUUUCCCUGGAGAAUUUGAUCAGAAAUGCAAGUCUAAUUUACAUUUGUCUUCGCGAGGUUUGUUGGGGUCGAGUGUGGGGUUAAAUAGGAACUUCCUGGGUUAUGCAUUGACCCGUCUUCUUCUGCAGUUGGCUCUCAUUACAAUUCUCACACAAUCGCUUCAUUUGCUUCUUAAGCGCUUCAAUGUCCCCCGAAUCACCUCUGAAAUCCUGGCUGGUAUUUUGUUAGGGAAAACUGUUCUCAGACGAAUCAUUGGGGAAACACAAGAGAAACUUUUUCCAUCUAAUGAUGCUAUUCUUGAUUCAUUUGCAAAAAUUGGCUUUAUUUUGUUUAUGUUCCUUGUUGGAGUGAAGAUUGAUCCAGGCUUAGUAAGGAAUGCCGGAAGGAAGGGAUGGACAAUAGGCCUUGUCUCAUCAGUCGUCCCUAUAAUGGCAGCAACUUACAUGUCUAACCAAUUUGACAUUUUGUUACCCCUUUAUCGAAGACCAACUACUAAAACAAUUGCUGGAAUACUAACUAGUACACCUUUUCCUGUGAUUGUUGCCCUGCUCAUUGACCUGAAGAUCAUGAAUUCUGAGCUUGGCCGCCUUUCUUUGGCAUCCGCAUUAAUAAGUGACUUGACUAGCACAUCUUAUGCCGUGAUCUCAACUAAUUUACGAAUUGGAUUUGGAGUAAACCCUAUGUUAGCUGUACAAUCCACUUCAUUUGAUGCGUUGUUACUUUGUGUCAUUAUGAUCACACGACCCUUGUUCUUGUUGAUUAUCCAGUCAACACCAGAAGGGAAGCCAGCCAAGAGAAUCUACAUUUCUAUCAUUUGUGCUUGGGUUCUGGCAUCCGCUAUAAUCAGUGACAAUAUGGGGCUCCCUUACCAAUUCGCUCCAUUUCUUAUCGGUUUGACAGUGCCUGAUGGACCCCCUUUAGGCGCUACGAUUACUGACAGACUGGAGACGUUUGUCUUGGGUCUACUAGCUCCACUAAUGCUGACAUAUUCUGCUAUACAUAUUGACCUAUUCAUUGUUUAUGAUGUCAGUUACCUAGAAUUCUUAUGGGUUGUCAUCCUUAUUCUUGUCGCGUUAAAAUUUGUGGUUGUUUUUUCUGUGGCAUUAGUAAAACGUGUUCCAGUCAAAGAGGCUCUCACUCUUGCCUUCAUCAUGGGUGCUCAAGGCGUAGUCCAAGCUGCACUAUAUGACCUCAAUUUCAGAAAUCAGACAAUAGAUGAUGUAGCAUUUUCUGCAGUAAUAUUAUCACUCUUCAUUGUGGCAACAUUCACUCAUAUAAGUGUACAGUUACUCAAUGAUUACACGAGAAAAUACACUGGGUACCAGAGAAGAAGCAUUAUACACACAGGAAUUAAUGCUGAACUCCGAGUGGUGACUUGCAUCCAUCGACAGGACGAUGCCUUGGCUGCCAUAAAGUUAUUAGAAGCUUCUAAUCCUUCCAGGGAGUCCCCCCUCUCGGUAUACGCCCUCCAUCUUGUAGAACUUGUGGGACGAGCCACGCCACUCUUCAUCAACCAUAGCUUAGGCCAAAAGCAUCAGUCUGGUGCUCAACCACUGAUCGAUCUUUUUGAAAGCUUUGGCCAUCAAUAUACAGGAAGCGCUGUAGUUCAAGUGUUUACUGCCAUGUCAUUACCAAUGUUCAUGGAUCAAGAUAUCUGUUCACUUGCCUUUGACAAAUUAGCAGCUCUUAUUGUGCUACCUUUUCAUCGUAAGUGGAAUCAGCACGGGAAAGUAGUUUAUGACAGUAGCAUUGUGAGGACAAUGAACCAGAAAGUUGUUGAAAUGUCCCCUUGCUCAGUAGGAAUCUACGUGGAUCGUCGUAAGAUACGUCAUAAAACAGAUAAUGAUCAGGAAGUACCCAUAAACCAGCAAUAUCAAGUUGCAAUAAUAUAUCUGGGAGGUAAUGACGAUCGUGAGGCUUUAGCAUAUGGGAAACGUAUGAUGUUUUCAAUAGCCAUUAACCUUACAAUUAUUCGGCUUGUUCCUGUUGAUGAAGGCAGUGACACUCAAUGGGACAAACUUCUUGAUGCUGAAUCUCUGAGAGAGAUGAAGUUCCAGAGUACACACCGGAGUAAUGUAAUAUAUCAGGAGCAUAAAGUGAAAGAUGGGCCAGAAACAACUGCAAUCAUAAAAAAUUUGAUGGAUUCUUUCGACCUGAUCUUGGUAGGGCGACGUCAUAAAGAGGAUUUACAGGCAUUGUCAGGUUUAUGGGAAUGGACUGACUUGCCAGAGCUUGGUCCAAUAGGAGAUUAUCUAGCUUCUGCGGAUAUCAGUAAACCGGUUUCUGUCUUGGUGAUUCAACAACAAAUAUGA